AUGAAGACACUUACUUUAAUUUCCCUUUUUGGUGUCGCUACACUCGCCCACCCAGCGGGCCUGUGGUGGGGUACCGACAUCUGCUAUACCAGUCCGGAAAACACCGACAAUCACUGCUCGGAUGUUCAGCAGACUGGCUUUGACUGGUCCGAGUUGGCCGACGGUGAUAAUUGGGGCUAUGAUGGCUUCGACUUUGUUGGAUUUACCCCCAAGAAUGGCUGCGGAGCCAUGGAAGAGAACUGCAUUGGGGGAAAGCUCUCUAGAGACGACGACUACACUCUCAAGGUGGAUGCUUCCGACGCUCCUUUCUCUAUUCGCAACUUUCACUUGACUACUUCUCGUCAAACCGAUGUGAUUCUCACCUACAGGACACCCGAGGGUCACGCUUGUCAUCAAGUCGUAUCCAGCUCACCCGACGGAGUCAAUGUCCAGAAUGACCAGUGUGGUGGCGCUGUCUCAGUGGACUUCCAACUUCCUGAAGAGAGCAAGUUCGGCGAGUGUGAACUGAACAUCCACCAGGUCAACUUCGACUGUUCCGCUGGCGAAAAGCCCCCAGGUCAUCCAGUUCCCAGUCCAUCUCAGUCUUAUCCGGAGUCUAUGUCAACCCCAGCUACUGUCCAUGUUACUGUCCAUGAGUCGACUUCCAGCACACCGGAAGUCUCUUUGCCUACCAGGACUCCCGAGAUAACCACAUCCACAGUGUGGACUACUGCCGAAUUUACCGUUACCAGCUGCGCACCAACAGUUACUGACUGCCCUGCACACUCGACUGCGGUGGUAACCUCGACAUAUGUUCUAUCGACCACUGUCUGCCCGUCUCAACCCACUGAAACUGGACCUUUGCACUCAAUCGGCUGGGGAACGACCUCUGCUGAAAUCUCUUAUGAGAGCUCUCAUAUUUCUAUCCCGGAUCAUCCUCCAGCGGUGACAUCCAAAGCUGGCGAGCCAUCUUCUUCUGCCGUGCCUUCGGAACCAAUCCCUAGUUCGCCCAGCACACACGCUCCAUGCCCUGAAUUGGUUCCUAAGUGUAUGAACACUUGGCUCUCAAUCCCAAAGUGCGACUCGAACAGUGAUGCGGCCUGCUUCUGUCCAUCUUCUGAGUUUACAGACAAAGUCACCUCCUGCAUCCAUUCCUGGGGUAAAUCAAACCAGGAGAUCCAGUCAGGUCUUUCUUACUUUGCCGGUAUCUGCGCACCAUAUGUACCCAAAAAUCCAGCUAUUGUCGAUAUCGUUCCUACCAGCACUCUUCCUGGUCCUGUCACCAAGCCCAGCGUUCCCUCUCAGGUUGUUGCUAUCACAAGUACACCUGUUGAGCAUCUCAGUGCGGCCACGACAGCCCCCCAUACCCCAUGUACUACUAUCACUUGGUCUUCUCAUACGGUUACUGUCCCACAGGUUGGGUUCAGCACCGUUACGGGUUCUUCUUCCACCACUGUGGACCUAAUUCUUAUCACUCCCACCGCUACUGUGUGGAGUCAUACUUCCUACUCGUCAUCCACUUCGACCAUGACAACCCAGUGUAAAACCACCACUCACUCUCUUUCUACUACUGCUGCGUCGAAGCCCACUGAAACCAUUGUGGCUUCCAAUUCUGGAUCAAGAUCAGGCUCUCCGAGCCCGUGGGCAUUUGGCGUGGCUAUUGUGGCUCUUGCUCUUUGCUAG